AUGAUUUUCAUACGUUCAAAAUGCUGCGUUAUUCUAUUAGUGACUGUUAUUGCGCCGGCUUUGAGUGACCUUGAGAGUCGGUUAACGCCGAAUCAGCACUCUCGUAUCAGACAAUCUUACAUAGAGAUGCAAAAUGAUAAAAAGUCGUUGUUCGACGAAAAGUCUCAAGCCCUGUUUAAAGUAAUCCAUUCGAGACCGGAAAAUGCGAACAUUACUUUUCAACCUUGCGAUAGUAAGCCGCUGCUUAUUCCGGACUUUGGAACAGCCAGAAUUAGUGAAGUCAAAUGCUUAGAACAUCUGUGGAAAAUGCGUUAUUAUGAUGAAGCCUUAAUAGGAUUAACAUUGUGCGACAAACUGUCUAUGGAUGUAAGCCUGAUUAAUUUGAAUUUCGGUGGUUUUGAUGCUGUGGCCGGUGAAUAUGCUCAUAUGGGUGCCAUUGGUUGGCAGACGCUGAAUGACACUUGGCUGUUUAUGUGUGAGGGGGCACUAAUCAGCGAAAAGUACAUGUUGACCACAGCACAGUGUACCCGGUUACUAACGCAUGAUCCGAGAGUUCAAGAUGUGACACCAAAAGUGGUACGAUUCGGCGUAACAGAUAUUUCUGAUAAGGAAGAAAUUGGCAAGUCACCUACUGAUGUCUUCAUACAGCGAAUUAUCGUACAUCCAUAUUAUCAAUCUGAAAGCAAUUAUUAUGACAUAGCAAUAAUAGAGCUGGACAGAGAACUUGUGUUUUCUACGCAAGUUCAUCCUGCUUGCAUUUGGACUGAUCAUUACAAUUUGACUGACAAAGAUGUUGUGUUAGCUGGCUGGAACGUCGUAGAAUCAAAAAAGACAGUUAAAGCGAAAGAGUUCGUCGGUAGCAGCCUCGACGUGUUCACGAGACUCAGUUUGGCUCAGAAGAUAACGCCACAAGAAAAGAAAAAGAGUAAUGCUAGCGACCCCAUGAUGAAGCUGGGAAAAGUCAAACUUUUGGACUCCAUUCAAUGUGAUCGUUUGACAAAGUGUAAGCGUGACAGAAGUUGGAGAGGGCUUAUCUACUCUCAGCUGUGUGCUUUCUCCUGUCGCGUUGAUGAUAACAGCACCAAUGGGAACGACAUCGGCACCAUAUUGCAAGCACCUGUGGUAAUUCCGGAAUACACCGAUUGGAGAAUGCAUUAUCUUAUUGGCUUGAAAUCUUUCAGCUUUGGUGAAACUUCAUAUCCGUAUGUUUACACAAAAGUGUCGGCUUUCCUUGAAUGGAUUGAAAACACUGUGUGGGGUUCUCCGCAAGGAACAAACAAGUUACAAGUGACUGAUAGAAGA